AUGUCUCCAAAAGGUCCUUACAGACUCGUGACAGUAAACACUGCACCUGAGCGAGCAAAGAGACUGAUAGGUCGAGUGACCGAAGAUAUCAAAGAGCAGUACACGAUACAGCAUGUGGCAAACUGCGAGAGCAUUGAGGAAGUCGAAGGUAAAGUGAAGGAAAUCCAACCGGACUUACUUUUUUGUGCCUCGAUGUGGACGCCUGAGGAAAGCGCAAGAAUCCAACAGAUUGCCAGGAGUAUCGUGCCAGACAUAAAGACUCACGCAAUCCCAGAAGGACUGCAAGCGCAAAAGGGUCCUGACGCUGUGGUGGAGUACCUGAAGGAGCACAUUCCGAGCAUUUUAGGAUGA